CAGCUGACAAGAGGAAUCCCCAACAGCUAUAACUUAAGUUCCAAGCUUUUACCUUGACAACAACUGUAUCCUUAGUACUAUUUAGUAUUUCCAGACAGUAGAUUUAGAGAGAGAAAGAGGACAGAGAGAGAGAUUGAAAUGGAUUUAGAUGGCAGAAGGGCAGUGACACCAAGAACAGGCUCUGCUUGGGAGAACAGAAUGAAUGAAGUUAAGGGUGGCAUUAAGGUUUUCAAAGAUGAUAAAAGCCUGGAUGAUCAUGAUGAAAGUAGUGUUAAAACUGAGCUUCAAGUGUACAGAAGAAUGAGAGGCAAACAGGGUCUUGCUGGGAUUGCAGGGAAGAGGAAGACCUGGAAGACUGAGAGUUCUGAAGGGGCUGAUAAGGACUUGAUUCAGAUUGCGGCGCAAGUGUCUGAAUUGGGCAAGAAUUGUGAUGAUCAAGAGUGUGGAGAAUUGAGUGUGAGGGUAAAGGGUGAUGAGAUCAAGAAAAGUGGUGCUCAGACGCCGCGGUUGAGGUCUAAAUGGAUUAAUAAUUUGGAUGAGCAAGGGAGGGAAUUGAGUGUGGCUGAUAUUAAGAAAAGCCCUGUUCAGACACUGAGAAUAAGAUCUGAUAAAGAUCUUGGUUUUGAUGGAGUUGAGAGGAGUCCUAGAGGGGUGAGGACAAGAUCUUCGGUGUCUCAGAAAGGGACUAAUGUGUCGAAUGAUGAGCUGAGGAAAGAUGAUAAAAUUCUGGUGGAGUCCUACACUGCUUCUGAUUAUACUAAUAGGAGGAAAUCAGUUGAGGUAUUGAGGAAAUUGAAUGAGGUUGUGAAUGAAUCAAGAAAGUCUGUCGAUGUAUCUGCUCUUAGGGAUAUUAGGACUAGACCACUUGGAAUUACUACUAGAUUAGAUGAUAAGUUGGAGUUGAGGAAGUUUGGGGAGAAGGUUGUUACUAGCAAUUCAGGUCAAUUGAGUCAGAUUGAAUCGUCGCCUAAAUUGCAGGUCGAUGAUGAGAAUGAGCUUGGCGAAAAGGAAGAUGAUAAUGCUGACGAGAUUAAACUGGAUACGAAGGAUAAUGUUAGCAUAGAAGCACCGAAGGAUGAUCAGGUUGUGAUUAAAGAUGAUAAAAUUCAGAAUAGCAAUGUGAAAUCAAUUCCCAUUUCACAAUCUGUGAAGAGGAAACCUCCUGCUGCUCUGAAGAAACCGAAAAUUGUCCCAAAACCGACAAGAACUAAAUCAACAAUUCCAUGUGUAGACGAAUUCAAGACAGUCUCGAACAAACAUAGCAAAUUGCAGAGUUUUGUUGAUUUAGUAAUGUGGAGAGAACCAUCGAAAUCGGCUUUCAUAUUUGGACUUGGAACGUUUAUUAUAGUUUCAUCUUCAUACACUACAGAUAUGAAUAUCAGCUUAGUUUCUGUAAUUUCCUAUGUGGGUUUGGUUUAUCUUGCUGCAAUUUUCCUCUUCAGAUCCAUUCUUCAUAGGGGAGCUUUAAUUGUAGAUGAUACAAGUCCAGAAUAUGUAGUUGGGGAAGAAGAAGCGAUCUGGUUAUUGAAAUUGAUACUUCCUUACAUCAAUGAGUUCCUUUCGAAGAUCAGAGCUCUCUUCUCCGGUGAUCCUGCAACUACAAUGAAGUUAGCAGUGCUGCUAUUUGUUUUGGCAAGGUGUGGUAGCUCCAUAACGAUAUGGAAGAUGGUCAAACUGGGCUUUUUUGGAGUUUUUACAGUACCUAAAAUCUGCUCUUCCUACUCAUCUCAGUUGGCUGCAUUCGGUAAAUUCUGGAUUCGACGUUUUAAAGAUGCCUGGGAGUCAUGCUCUCAGAAGAAAGGCGUUGGCUUCUUCGUUUUUACAGUUGUCUGGAACCUUUCUUCCAUUGUUGCUCGCGUAUGGGCAGUGUUUAUGCUAUUUGUGGCCUUUCGAUACUAUCAGCAGCAGCAGCAACAACAUGAUGAGCAUCAUUCCGAGGAGUGGAUAGAGGAGGAAUCAAGAGAGGGCAGCGUUAAGGUGAAAAACUGAAGAUAUAGUAGACAGGGAUGAUCCUGCUUUAGUCGACAUAAUAACAAGAAUUAAGACAGAGUCAUAGUUUCAUAAGCGCAAUGUCAAUAAUACUUGAGAGUUGAGAGAUAUUAGCUUAAUAAGAGUACAGAUAUGAGUAUAGCUGUAUAGGAAAUGAGUUGUAGUAUUGUUUGUUAGUGUUU